ACCUUCGCUAUUGUAAUCAAUUACAUUUUUUAUUCAAAGUCUUUUCGACAUUUGUGCUUUUCAUGCCAUUCAGAUAUUUUUUUAAAUGAUGAAGUUUAUUUUAUUAACAAACUGACUGAGACCGCUGCUACUUCCUGUUGGGCUGUUCAGACGACGUUCCAAGAUGGCAGCAGCGAUGGAUGUUGACACACCGAGCGGUGCUAACAGUGGAUCAAGCAAGAAGCGCUUCGAAGUUAAAAAGUGGAAUGCAGUGGCGCUGUGGGCGUGGGACAUUGUCGUGGAUAACUGCGCCAUCUGUAGAAACCACAUCAUGGAUCUCUGCAUAGAAUGUCAAGCCAACCAAGCAUCCGCGACCUCAGAGGAAUGCACAGUAGCCUGGGGAGUCUGCAACCAUGCUUUCCAUUUCCAUUGUAUUUCCCGCUGGUUGAAGACCAGACAGGUGUGUCCCCUGGACAACAGAGAGUGGGAGUUUCAGAAAUAUGGACACUGAGUCAGCCUGCCGCUCACUUCCUGCAAGAAUCAACUUCACCGUUUCUUCAAUCCCAGUGGCUUGUAUUAUUUUCCACACUUUUGUUUUAGUAUGUUGUUAUUAAACUGUAAUGUUGUGAAAAGCUGAGCUUGUAAGGCAAAACGUUUGAAAUAAUAAAUAGAAAAAAACUGGGACUCUA